UUUAAAUCGAAGUUCCCCUCGUGCUGAACACAUGUGCGCGCGAGAUAACGAGAAUGCGCCCACAACAGACGAUACAAACAAACACCCCACCCUUCCACUGCACCCCAGGGCGAAGAGAUGACCCUCAGUCUCCUAUAUUCGGGAAUAUUAAAUAAAACUGUUUUAGCGAAUAAACGCCACCCUACUACAGCCCGGAAGUGACGUACGAAGACAGCUUAUUAAUAUCUGCGGAAGACGAGGUCGUACAUACAGGCACGUGUGAUGCUUGUGGGCACGACGGGCCAGCUCCAGUCCCAAAAACAAGAGCACGCUGGGUCUUUCUUUGAUUAAGACCUGUUUCUUAAUAGAAACCUGAAGGUUUUUUUGGCGACAUUUAAUGUCGUUAGGUGCCGUGAAGACUGUCAGAUUGAAGCUCCGAGGAGAACAUCACUCACCGGACUGUGUGCGCACCGGCUCACCUCCUGUGAGAAUUUGGACUUUUACGCUUUUCAGGCGCUAUGGCGGACUAUUUAAUCAGCGGACAGACGGGCUACGUGCCUGACGACGGUUUAACCGGACAGCAACUCUUCAACUGCGGAGACGGCCUUACCUAUAAUGAUUUUCUGAUCCUGCCAGGGUACAUUGACUUUACAGCUGACCAAGUGGACCUGACAUCAGCGCUGACUAAACAAAUCACAACGAAAACUCCACUGGUCUCGUCACCCAUGGAUACAGUCACAGAGUCUGGCAUGGCCAUUGCUAUGGCGCUGACUGGUGGGAUUGGCUUCAUUCAUCAUAACUGCACUCCAGAGUUCCAGGCUAAUGAAGUCCGUAAGGUCAAGAGGUACGAACAGGGUUUCAUUACGGAUCCGGUGGUGAUGAGUCCUAACGAGCGGGUAAGAGAUGUAUUUCAGGCAAAAGCUCGGCAUGGAUUCUGUGGGAUUCCGAUCACUGACAACGGACAGAUGGGCGGACGUCUGGUCGGCAUCAUUUCAUCACGAGAUAUCGACUUCCUCAAAGAGUCUGAGCAUGACCUGCCCCUCAGUGAGGUAAUGACUAAGAGGGAGGACCUGGUGGUUGCUCCAGCAGGAGUGACACUGAAAGAGGCCAAUGAAAUCCUCCAGAGGAGUAAGAAAGGGAAGCUUCCUAUCGUAAAUGAGGAGGGCUGUUUGGUGGCCAUCAUCGCUCGGACAGAUUUAAAGAAGAACAGAGAUUUCCCAUUGGCCUCAAAGGAUUCUCGUAAACAGCUGCUGUGUGGCGCUGCUAUUGGAACACACAAUGAUGACAAAUACAGACUCGACCUGCUGGUGCAGGCUGGCGUAGACGUGGUUGUCCUGGACUCUUCUCAAGGAAAUUCCAUCUUUCAGAUUAAUAUGAUUAAGUACAUAAAAGAGAAAUAUCCCAGCCUACAAGUCAUUGGCGGCAAUGUGGUGACUGCGGCUCAGGCUAAGAAUUUGAUUGAUGCCGGAGUGGAUGCUCUGAGAGUGGGAAUGGGCAGCGGCUCCAUCUGCAUUACACAAGAAGCAUCUCUCAGUAUUCCUCCUGGUUUAAAGCUCCACAGCCCCAAAACCCCAACUACUGUUACGGGAUACUCCAUGCUAGCAUGCGGGAGGCCACAGGCAACAGCUGUGUAUAAGGUAUCAGAAUACGCUCGGCGGUUUGGUGUGCCUGUCAUCGCUGAUGGGGGAAUUCAGACAGUUGGUCACAUUGCUAAAGCUCUUGCAUUGGGAGCAUCUACAGUAAUGAUGGGGUCAUUGCUCGCAGCCACCUCUGAAGCACCUGGUGAAUAUUUCUUUUCGGAUGGGAUCCGUCUGAAGAAGUACAGAGGGAUGGGCUCACUGGAUGCCAUGGACAAGAACUUGGGCUCACAGAGCAGAUACUUCAGUGAGAGUGAUAAGAUUAAAGUAGCUCAGGGUGUUUCAGGGGCUGUUCAGGAUAAAGGCUCCAUCCAUAAGUUUGUUCCAUAUCUUCUUGUUGGCAUACAGCAUUCCUGCCAAGACAUCGGUGCAAAGAGCCUCACACAGCUGAGGGCAAUGAUGUAUUCUGGUGAACUGAGGUUUGAAAAGAGGACAAUGUCAGCUCAGAUGGAGGGUGGAGUACACAGUCUACACAGCUAUGAGAAACGCCUGUUUUAAAGAAGACACUACAGAUGCCAGUACAUGCAUAGCCAAACGCACAUAAACCCCCAUUAAUGGACUUCCACACGUGCUUUUGCACAAACACACUGAGAACCUCAGCUUCCUCUUUCUCGUCUUCCCAGCCGCCUUUCCUCUUAGCGAGGAGAGAAAUCGUGUGUGAAUGUCUGUAAGAAUAUGCCAGUUUGCGUGAAUGUUUGCGUUUGUGGGGAACGCAUGCUGUCUGUAUCAGAUGCCUUACAUGUCAAAAAAAAUGGUUUUUGAUUGUAAUCAUUUGACAACUUUUGUGUGGAAAAUAUUAUUUUUUUUUGCCAGAUAUUUGUCUUGUCUUGAUUAAUAAAAUACAAACAUACCUGCAUAUGCAUCAUUAUAAGCAAUACACAGUCAACAUUCUCUGUCUAGAGAAGCAAACCGGAUGAUUGAGUGCAGUGCAUCUGUGUGAAACAGGAAGUGUUGUAUUUUAAUGGGAUUUCUGUCAAGUUUGUUAUAAAAAGAGAACUGACCGUUCAAGUUAGGCG